UUUUCCCCCCAACCCUCCCUCCUUCUCUCAUCUGUCUCUCCAAGUAGUCUUUUCCUCUGAGCGCUGCUGCUGCUGCUGCUGCGUGUCUCACCGUGUCGUCCCUCCGCUGGCUCUCUGGAUCAUGGAGCUCGCGACGCGCUGCUUGUUGCUGCUCGCGAGCCUCGGCGCGGCUUCCGCGGCCACCGACUGGGACGCGGCGGCGGAGCCGGGCUACUACUACGACAAGGCGAUGAUGAGUUCUUCAGAAGCGAUCGACUACAAAGACCCGUGCAAAGCCGUGGCCUAUCUGGGGGACAUAGCGCUGGACGAAGAGGACAUGCGAAUGUUUAAAGUGGACCGAAUUGUAGAUGCCGUCCAGAAAACGGUGAUCAACCUCAACCACACGGACACGGCCAAUCAAACGAGCCCAAACACUGGCAGGUCCAAUCAGCAGACCGCCUCACGGCGCACAAAGCGGGCGGCGACGUCCCGCCCUGAGAGGGUGUGGCCCGAAGGUGUCAUCCCUUAUGUCAUAAGCGGCAACUUUAGUGGUAGUCAAAGGGCCAUCUUCAGGCAGGCUAUGAGACACUGGGAGAAACACACGUGUGUGACGUUCAUCGAGAGAACCACAGAGGACAGCUACAUCGUCUUCACCUACCGGCCGUGUGGGUGUUGUUCGUAUGUGGGCCGCAGGGGAGGAGGACCUCAGGCUAUUUCCAUCGGCAAAAACUGUGACAAGUUUGGAAUCGUGGUGCAUGAGCUCGGGCAUGUGAUCGGAUUCUGGCACGAGCACACGAGGCCGGACCGAGACGACCACGUCAGCAUUAUACGGGACAACAUCCAGCCUGGACAGGAGUACAACUUCUUGAAGAUGGAGCCCGGUGAAGUGGACUCUCUAGGGGAAGUCUAUGACUUUGACAGCAUUAUGCACUACGCCAGAAACACAUUUUCCAGAGGGAUUUUCCUGGACACUAUCCUACCGAGAUACGACAUAAACGGCGUCCGUCCACCCAUCGGUCAGAGAACCAGGCUGAGCAAAGGAGACAUCGCACAGGCACGCAAACUUUACAAGUGUCCAAGAUGUGGAGACAGUCUGCAGGACAGCAGUGGGAACUUCUCCUCUCCCGGGUUCCCCAACGGCUACUCGGCGUACAUGCACUGUAUCUGGAGAAUCUCAGUCACGCCAGGCGAAAAGAUAAUUCUCAAUUUCACCUCCAUGGAUCUAUAUCGCAGUCAUCUGUGCUGGUAUGAUCACGUGGAGAUCAGAGAUGGAUACUGGAGGAAAGCCCCACUCAAAGGUCGAUUCUGCGGAGACAAGCUUCCUGAGCCGAUCAUUUCGACAGACAGUCGUUUGUGGAUCGAGUUCAGGAGCAGCAGCAACUGGGUGGGCAAAGGCUUCUCGGCCGUGUACGAAGCGAUCUGUGGUGGUGAAGUGAAGAAGGAUAAUGGGCAGAUCCAGUCUCCUAACUACCCAGACGACUACAGACCCAAUAAAGUCUGUGUUUGGAAGAUCACUGUCGCUCAGGGCUACCAUGUAGGCCUCACCUUCCAGUCAUUUGAAAUCGAGAGGCACGAUAGCUGUGCUUAUGACUAUCUAGAAGUUCGUGAUGGGAACUCGGAAAACAGCCCGCUGCUGGGACGCUUCUGCGGCUACGACAAGCCAGAUGACAUCAAGAGCAGCUCCAACCAGCUGUGGAUGAAGUUUGUGUCCGAUGGCUCAGUCAACAAAGCCGGGUUCGCUGCCAAUUUCUUCAAAGAAAUGGAUGAAUGUUCGAGGCCAGACAACGGUCGCUGUGAGCAACGCUGUGUAAACACACUAGGCAGUUAUAAGUGUGCGUGUGAUCCAGGCUUCGAGCUGGCCGCAGACAAACGAAGCUGUGAGGCUGCAUGCGGCGGCUUCAUCACCAAGCUGAACGGCUCCAUCACCAGUCCCGGCUGGCCUCGCGAGUACCCGCCAAACAAGAACUGCGUCUGGCAGCUGGUGGCACCCACGCAGUACCGCAUCACGCUGCUCUUCGACGUCUUCGAGACCGAGGGCAACGAUGUGUGCAAGUACGACUUUGUAGAGGUCAGAAGCGGACUUUCAGCAGACUCCAGGCUACAUGGCAAGUUCUGCGGAGCCGAGAAACCAGAGACCAUCACGUCUCAAUACAACAACAUGCGCAUCGAGUUCAAAUCGGACAACACAGUCUCCAAGAAGGGCUUUAAGGCCCAGUUUUUCUCAGAUAAGGACGAGUGCUCGAAGGAGAACGGUGGCUGCCAACACGAGUGUGUGAACACUUUUGGGAGCUACAGCUGCCAGUGCAGGAGUGGAUUUGUCCUGCAUGAAAAUAAACAUGACUGCAAAGAAGCCGGCUGUGAUCACACGGUGAACAGUGUGAGUGGAAUCAUCACCAGUCCCAACUGGCCUGAUAAAUACCCCAGUAAGAAAGCGUGCACAUGGGCUCUCUCCACCACACCGGGGCAUCGCAUCAAAAUCGCUUUCAAUGAAAUCGACAUGGAGCCUCAUUUAGAGUGCGCGUACGAUCACAUCGAGAUCUACGACGGACGUGACGGGAAAGCGCCCAGCCUGGGACGCUACUGCGGCUCCAAGAAACCUCCUCCGGUCACAUCGAGCGGGAACAAGAUGUUCAUCCGUUUCUUCUCUGACAACUCUGUGCAGAAGAAAGGAUUCGAGGCCUCGCAUACUGCAGAGUGCGGAGGUCAAUUGAAAGCUGAGGUGAAAACCAAAGACCUCUACUCACACGCCCAGUUUGGAGACAACAACUACCCCGGUGCAUCAGACUGCCAGUGGGUGAUCUCAGCCGAGAAGGGUUACGGUGUUGAGCUCAUCUUCCAGACGUUUGAGAUCGAAGAGGAAGCAGACUGUGGUUACGACUACAUGGAACUGUUCGACGGAUCCGACAACAAGGCCCCAAGGCUUGGCCGCUACUGCGGAUCAGGGCCUCCUGAAGAGAUCUACUCGGCCGGCGACUCCAUCGUCAUUAAGUUCCGAUCAGACGACACCAUCAACAAGAAAGGCUUCCACGUGCGCUACACCAGCACCAAGUUCCAGGACACGCUGCACUCGCGGAAGAAGUGACCCCUAGUGGCCGGGAGGGGCCGCGCAGGGCCCAGGGGGAGGAGUCGAGGCGCCAGGCGGAGGGCGCAACCCGUCGCUCGGAGCCCCCCGGCCGCCAAUGCCAGCCGCAAGAACGAUGCCAACCGCACCUCAGUAGCUCGCAGGGGCUCUGGCGCCCCCUACUGACUGUGAGGAGUAAAGCCAUUCCGCAGUAGACCUUGUUUUUACCUUUUUUAUGAUUAAUGAUUGGGGGCGGAGUUUGGGGUAGGAAGAGAGGGGACUAUAUUUGGAUUAGAGGAAUAUUUGGGCUGUAAGUGGAUCAUGGAUUGGGGGCAUGAAUAGAGGAGCGUAGAAGAUCAGUAUAUGAUCACCCUUGGAUUCUUGUUUUGUUUUGUUUUUUUUAAAAUGAGCCGAAAUGCAAUUUCAACACACGCACACACACACACACACACACACACACACACACACACACUGAGGGCCUGCAGGAUCGCAAGCAGGAUGUGAUGGAGCAUCCAGGUCUCAUCGAGCCAGACAGCAACACCACAAAUGGAGAAAGAAAGGAUUGAUGGCUGGAAGAAUUAAAAGGUGGAUCAAUGUUUUGUUUUUUUUCUUCCCAGGGCAUUAUGGGAAACCUCCAUCUUUUUCACACACACACACACACACACGCACACACACAAUUGUGCCCGGCUGGUUUGAAAUCCACUACUUGAGUUACUGACGCUGUUUGUCAGACAGAUGCAUGUAACAACAGGAAAAAACAAAACAGAACAGCAAACGGGCCAUUUUUUGUGACUGCACAAGCCUUUGUAAUAUUUUUUUUCCUGGCUAGCCAUCCAGGAAGCUUCCUUCCAUAUUAGCGUUAUUGAGGAAAGUUUAAAAGAAAAAAAAAGAAAAGAAAAAAAAGACGCAGUUAUCGUAUUAAAAUAUUAAAAAAUGAAAUGUGGCCCAUGUCUGAUGGCUGUUAAUUGCUUUUCCAUAAAAAAGGUGCAAAAAUGUGAUUAUUUUGACCUUAAAUACACAAUCUUUAUAAGCUUCUGUUAAUAUGUUUCUGUCCCCAAAUCAUGCUAGUAAUUCAAUAAGCUGUGGGUUCUUUCAUAUCACGAGCAAUUUCUAUUCCUCAAAUGAAAUGCAGUGCAUAUAAUUUAUUUCAGCUGUUGGAAUUACAUAAUACUUGUCUCUCUCUCUCUCUCGCUCUCUUUCUCUCUCUCUCUCACACUGCCUGCUUGCAUCUCAUCUCUCUCUCUGUCUGUCUGUCUCUCUCUCAGCCUGCUUGCAUUUCUCUCUCUCUCUCUCUCUCUCUCUCUCUCUCUCUCUCUCUCUCUCUGCCUGCUUGUAUUUCUCUCUCUCUCUCUCUCUCUCUCUCUCUCUGCCUGCUUGUAUUUCUCUCUCUCUCUCUCUCUCUCUCUCUCUGCCUGCUUGCAUUUCUCUCUCUCUCUCUCUCUCUCUCUCUCUCCCAUUCAUUACCUCGAUUCCAUAUUACAUGCUUCUCCGUCGUUGUUUCCUAGAAAAUAUUCUGUACACUCUUCUUAAAGUCUCAAAGUCGUAGCGCUUCCCAUAAACUUUAUUGAAUUGCUUGUUCUGUUCUCUUCCAUCACAUUUAUAAUUCAGUAGUAUGUAACACACAGUUUUAACGUACCCCCGAACAUCCUUGUGUUUUUCUUUUUGUUUGUUUUGAUUUUCUUUUUUAAGCAGCUAACUCCUUGUUGAUGUCUUUCCUGAUUGUUCUUUGGGACUAAUGAAUUAGCAGAAAAAUCUGUCAGUGCUUCUGUCAAAUACUGAACUGGCAAGUAUUAUGUAUGAGCUCAGUUUGUCAGUGUGACAAAAUAAUUAGAAUAAGUAGAAAAUGACUCGGUAAAUGCUAGCUGCAGAACCUGCAUGCUAAACUAUCCAGCUAGCUAGCUAAAUUUGCUAAUGUUUGUGAUGAUAUUUUGACUUCUGUUGAAUUGAAUUUGACCAUGUAACUGAAGUUACUGAAACUAGAUCUCAUUCUUGUCUACCUGAGGCAAACACAAGCUAGUUUUACGCCAGUUGACUAGCCAGCUAGCUACUUUAGCUAAUGUUGCCGAUCUUUCUUGUCAGGCUUGGCUUUUGUUAAAUAAAUCUGUGAGAAUAUGACCACGUGAAUCAAGACUCAAAUACUCAAACUUGAUCUUAUUCAUGUGUCUACCUGAGACAAACGUGAGCUAGCUGCCUAGCUCUAGCCAGCUAGCUAACUUAGCCAGUGUUACUGAUAUAUUUUGGUGUUGAGUGUAACCAUGUAAAUCAAGACUCGGAUACUGAAACUUGAUCUCACAUUUCUCUACCUGAGGCAAAUGCUAGCUUUCUAGCUAGCUUAGCUAAUGUUAUCGAUAUGACGAUGUAAAUGAGGACAGUGAAACUUGCGAUUACUUGUGUCUACCUGAGGUAAAUGUUAUUUAACUAGCUGGCUAGCUACAUUAACUAGACAUAUUUUGGCAGGUUUGCCUACAAGUUAUAUCAGUUACAAUUUGUAAAUCAAGACCCCAGAUACGGAAACUUGAUCUCACUCAUGUAUCUACCUGAGCUAGCCAGCUAGCUAACCUAUCUAACCUUGCUAAAAUGUUUGCCUACUGUUAAAUACAUUUGCGAGUGUAUGACGAUGUAAAUCAAGACUCAGAUACUGAACCUUGAUCUCACUGGUGAGACAAAUGUGUGCUAGGAUUCUAGCAGUAUUCUGUGUAACUAGCCAUCUGUGUAACUCGGUUAACAUUUUACUCACGUACUUUAUAGUGGGUUUGCUUCUUGUAUCUUGUAAAUGAAUCUAUUUGGAGCAUAAUAUUGUGGAUACUGAAACCUCAUCUCAUUCUUAUGUCAACCUUGAGACAAAGGUGAGCUGAUUUUCUUAUUAGCCAGCUAGCAGGAGGACAUGAUGGCUAGAGGCUUAGCGAUGUUCUAAGCCGUUUUAGCUGUUUUAAAACACAUUCAACAAUGCAUUAUUCGAUUUCGCUGUUCGGGGGUACUUUAAAUGUAUGUGGUGAAGCUGAACUGGAUUCAGAUUCAGUUCCAGUGUACAAAGUGUGAAACGGAUGUGAAGAUAGAGGUUUUGCCUCCUCAUAUGUCAGUUGCAUUUUUUUUGUGGUAUACCUCAGGCUUCAGAUAUUAUUAUUAUUAUUAUUAUUAUUAUUAUUAUUAUUGUUAUUAUUAUUAUUAUUAUUGGUCUAGGCCCAGCUUUGUCCAACAACUAACAUAUAUGAACAAGGACCAACAUAGUACCUCAGUGAAGAAGAGCAAUGCUGAGUGGUGCUUCUGCAAAAAUGAGCCUAAGCAGUUUUAUGGACUUAGCACUUGGCAUAUGUUUAUAUAUAUAUAUAUAUAUAUACACAAACAGUGCAGAUUUAUCGAUCAUUAAAAGCAUUAUAUCUAGCUCAGUUUCUCAUGAUUUGUAUGGUUCUAAGACACACAGCAUGUUGAGUUGUUGAGACGUUACUGAGGGCAGUUGCUAAGCGUUUUAAGACUCGUUGCUUCCCCGCUUUGCAGUAUUGAUUCACAUGUCAGGCAGUUGCUACAAAAUGUAGCUCAACAUCCUCCAGUAAUGGUACAGGUGUACCAACUGUUCUUUCCUUUUCUCACUCAUUCCAAUCUUGUGUUUUCCAGUCAUCCAAUCUCGAUGCAAUUUGUCCGAGCCCUUUUCAGGGGCAGAAGCUGAUUACAAGGCCUGUCAGGCUGGUGAAGGUGUGUGUGUGUGUGUGUACUUGUGUGUGAGAAGGUACACAGACCUUGCCUAAUUGGUCUGGAGCGUGCCAGCCUGAGACUGAGCCUCCUUCUGAAUUAUUUACCAACCAGCCACAAUUUUUUUUGUUGUUUUUUUUUUGUGUUUUUCUUCUCCUCCAGAAAUCCUUUAGAAGGCACCUGGCAAAUGUACUUUCAUCUCAUGCUAUGAUCUUAUUUCUCACCGUCGGUGUGUGUCACAUCUUCCGAAUUCUUUGAGUCUCAGGUUCAGGCUUUAUUCUUCCUCUGACUCACUUUGGGACCUGCUUGAUUCCAUUUACUUGACUGUCACCCCUUGGGGGCGAACUGGUACAUGGGUUGAGGAGGUGAACAGCUUUUCAAUAGAAAAGUCAUAGAGUAUGAAUAGCAAUGUCAAAAAGGAAUUUGAAUUAAAAAAAGAAAAAAAAAAAGUGCUACUUCCCUCACCUCGUAUACAGACAGUUCUGAUCCCUGCUUU